AGCUCUAUUAUAGAUAAAACUUAAAUUAAUUUAGUUUUCCUAUUGUUUUAUAGUGUUAACGCGUUGUAGGCGGUGCGGUGUGUAGUUAAUUACCCAUUGGUUGUGUAGGCUGUGCGCUUCGCUUGCGUUUUUGUGUGUUGCGCAAAAAUGUUCGUUGCGAAAUUUUCAGCUGUGUGCAAGACAAAAACAACAAAAGCAGCAACAACAGCAGCAGCCGCAGUUGCAGCCGUUAAAAGACAAUAGCGAUCGUAUUGCAAUCAAUUAAAAUUUGACAAAUUAGAAGAGUUUAGUUUAUGUAGCAAGUGCAACAGUGAAUAUUUAACGAUUUAAGCGGCAAGCAGACGUUAAAUUGAAAAGUUGAUUUAACAGCUGCGCAGCCUGUCUGAGUGUGUGUAGGCGUAGACGUCAGCGUCAACGUUAACGUUAACGUCGACGUUGGCAGCGAGACGUUGGAGAAACAAUAGAAGUCAAGCUUGAACCAAACUAUGGAAAUGCGCGAGGUGCUAAGCCGCGAGGGAAGGGACGCUAAAAAUUUGCUGGUUUACCAGUUUUGCGAUGAGACAAGCAGCGGCGCCAACAAAGAGCUAGACUUGAGCGCAGGCGGUGACGCCGUCAUCGUUGUCAACGGCGACUGUUACUCGGCGCCCACGUGCCGCAAGCCGCCCGUGGCGCCGCCAAAAUCACCCAACGGCAUGCAAACGCCAAAACACUGCCAAUCGCCCACAACACUGCGAGCCAAGUGCGCCAACAGCGGCAGCGCUGCCAGCAAUGGACCACGGGUGCGCAGCGCUUCAACGGGACGUGACAAGAAGUCCGAGCUGCAAGCACGCUACUGGGCGCUGCUCUUUGGCAACUUGCAGCGUGCGGUCAACGAAAUUUAUCAGACUGUCGAAUGCUACGAGAACAUAUCCAGCUGCCAGGAGGCCAUAUUGGUGCUUGAGAACUAUGUGCGUGACUUUAAGGCGCUCGGCGAGUGGUUCAAGGUUAGCUGGGACUACGACUCGCGUCCGCUGCAGCAGCGCCCGCAAAGCUUGGCUUGGGAGGUGCGCAAAAGCAAUCCGACGCCACGUGUGCGCACCAAAAGCCUUUGCAGUCCCACUGCCUCGGGCAAAUCCAGUCCAGCGCUGCUGCACUGCAACUCGGGCAAAACCUCUCCCUGCUGUGAUGGCCAGACGUCGCCCAAGAAACUGCUGCGCGCCUAUGAGCCGCAGCCACGCGGCGCCAUGCGCGUCAAUGUGCGCGAACUCUUCUCGGCCAGCAAGCGCGCCACACAGGGCAACUCCAAUUCCGAUACAUCGUUGAAUGCUACAGAGCCGGAGAUGCCAACGGACAAGCCGUAUGUGCAGCUAAGCACGAAAUAUGCGCAAACAGAUCUGGAGGAUCCGCAUCUAACGCUGGCAGAUGUGCGCGAAAAAAUGCGCAGAGAGGCAGAAGAACGUGAAGCGCAAGAGCAGAAAGCGCAGCUGCAAAUGGCAACAGAAGCAGCAGAGGCAGCAGCUGCAGCUGUAGAGCAAGCGCAGCUAGAGGAGCUGCCAGCAGAGCCACAGUCUGCACCAGCAGUGCUGCAAGAAGCGCCGCAACAAUCGGAGCAGCUGGAGCCCACAGCGGUGCAGCUGACUGUGGCCAAGUUGGAUGCCAUGGAGCAUGCGCUGUUAACGGAGCAAGCGCUGAAGGAGCCAACGCCGCCUAGUACGCUGCUAAAGCCUCCACCGCCGCCGAAGAACAAACAAGCGCUAGCUGCAGCCAAUACAGCUCAGGCGAGUCCACUUAAGUAUUCCAGCGUGCUGAACAAUCGACCAACUGCAGGCGCGCGUGCUGCAGCGCAACAAAAGACAAGUUUGCCAGCAAGCGGCGCAACCGGCAGCAACAAGGCGACGUUAAGCAAGCUGCCAGCUGGCAAAGGGACAACAACUACAACAACUGCAAUAACAAAUAGCUCGCUUAAUGGACUACGCCGUAAUAACAACAACAGCAGCAGCAGCAACAAUCUGCGACCAGGCCAAGUGCGUGCCACGAAGCCAGCAACAGCAGUGGCGCCACCACCACGUCCUAGCAGCAAAACUGAAUGCUAUGGUCCACCCAGUCAUGUUGCAACGCGUCUCUCGGCACGCUCACGCACCAUGCUCGAUAUGAAUGGCAAUGCUGUGAGCACAGCAGCAAGCAAACCCUUGGCCAAGCGCACGCCCAGCACAUUGUUGGCCGGCAAGCGAGUAAGUGCACCCAGUGUGCGUCGCAGCGCUGGCGAAGAUCUAGGCAGCUCCACUUCCACUUUGAAAGCCAGCAAUGAGCAGUUGAGCAGCUCACGCAGCACCUUAAAACUAGACGACAGACAUUCCGAGCCCAAGCAGCUGCUGGAGUCCAAUGAUGGCUGGCUAACGGUUAAGAAUCGACGACGCAGCAGCAUGCACUGGGCGCAGCGUUUCAAUCAGCCCACGGGCUAUGCUAGCUUGCCCACAUUGGCGCUGCUCAAUGAGCAGCAGGAGGAGCAGCAGAAGCAAAAGGCAGCAAAGACGUCGCCAGCGCAAAAGCCAGAGCUAAAGGUAAAGCCUGUGCCCAAGGCAGCCGCAAGACCGGAGAUUAAGAAUGCCAAGGCCAAGGUGAAUUCGUUUCCAGCGCAGCGACUGCAGCAGCAGCAGCAGCAGCAGCAGCAGCAGCAGCAGCAGCAGCAAGUAAAGAAGGAGAAGGAAAAAGAGAAGGAAAAGAAGCCAGGGAUGAGCAUAACGCGCAGCAACAGCAACUGCAAUGCCUCAGCUAUGGCGCCCUCCAUUAUCAAGCGCCAGAAAUCGGACUUAACUGGACUUAAGAUGACUUCGCUGCAUAAGGAAUACAUGAGGAGUGAGAAGAAUGCGCUGCGCAAGCAACAAAAGGAGCAAAGGGAGCAGAGCCAACUGAGCGUAACCAACAACGAUGACCACAACAAGAUUGACAUAAAGAUACAAACCAAUUGCGAAUUCUCCAAGACCAUUGGCGAGCUCUAUGAGAGCAUCUGCAAGCUGCCCAAUGGUGCGCUAAAGCCAAAUGCUUGUCUGCUGAGUGCCUGCGAUGAGAUUGAGGAGCAGUCUGUGGAGGAUGUGGAGGAGGAUAGCAAGGAGCGCAUACUGUUUGAAGUGCAAGAGUCGCUGGAGCGUCAAAUACGCGAACUAGAGAGCACGGAAAUCGAUGUGGAUACCGAAACGGAUGAGACAGAUGGUGAAGUGCCGCUGGAAGAGCAGGAGGAUAGUCUGGAUAGCGCGCUAGAGGACGCUGUUGUGUUUGUGCCCUUGACCGAUGAUGCUAAUGCCAGCUUGGAGGUGCGCUAUCAAGCGCUGCUCUCGGACAUGUCGUGGAAUGAGCGCGCCGAGGCUUUAGCUACACUGCAGGCCUAUGUAGCGCGUCAUCCGGGACGCGCGCAGGAGCUGCAUCAGAAGCUGUCGUCGCCAUCGCGACGUCGCUCGCUGCAGGAGACGCUGAAGAAAUAUCAGGCGAAGCAGGCGCGUGCGCAGCAAAAACGCGCGCUGCUGCAGCAGGAAAAGGCGGCCAAGCUGCAGCAGCUGUUUGUGCGCGUGGAGGAUGUCAAGGCGGCCAAGAAGCAGCUCAUCGAGGAGAAGCGCCAGAAGAUGGAGGGCAGACUGCAGCGCGCUGCAGAGAAUCGUGAGCUGUACUUGCGGCAAAUUAUAGAGAAGGCGCAUGAUGAGGAAAAGAAGCUGAAGGAAAUUAAUUUUAUUAAAAACAUAGAGGCGCAAAACAAGCGUUUGGAUUUGCUAGAGUCCUUUAAGGAAACUGAGGGACGUCUGCAGGACUUGGAGCAGGAGCGUCAGAAGCGCGUCGAAGAGAAAGCAGCAAAGGAAGCGGCCGUGGAGCGACGUCGUCAAGCGCUGGAAAAGGAGCGACUGCUUAAGCUAGAGAAAAUGAAUGAAACGCGUUUGGAGAAGGAGCAGCGCAUAGGCAAAAUGCAGGAGCAAAAAGAGCGUCAGCGUCAGGCGCUGGCACGCGAAAAGGCGCGAGAUCGCGAGGAGCGUCUGCUGGCGCUGCAAGUGGCACAGCAGCAGACCACGGAGGAGCUGCAGCGCAAGAUACAGCAGAAGCAGCUGGAGUCGGCGCGUCGCCAUGAGGAGAACAUUGAGCUGAUACGCCAGCGUGCCGUAGAGUUGACCAUGCCCAGCCAGCGGCAACAGGACGAGGCACGUGGCGAGCAGGAUGACGAGGAGCUGCUCAAUGGCCAAGCUAACAGCACCACCAAUGAGGAUUGUGAUUUGAGCUCAACGCUCUCCGAUGCGGGCGGCGUUCCCGGCAGUCGCGAGCACUCGCGCAGCUACAAGAAGAAGAUGAAGAAGCUCAAGCAGCGCAUGAGCAAUUACGCCGCCGAGUACUUAGCCGCCUUGGAGCCCUUGCCGGCUCAUGUGCGGCGCGACAGCAGCGUGCCCAAGCUGCUGAAUUUGGUGACCAAGGGCGGUGGACCGCAGGGUCUCGAUCGCACGCUGGGCAAUCUGCUGCGCAUCAUACCCAAGGCACAGACCUGUGAUUUUCAAGCGUUCCUCUGCCUAGAUGGUCUGGGCAUUUUAGCCAAUCAUGUCAUUAGCAAGGGCAUGGAAGAGAACUCUGAGAUAAGCAAGAAAUCCGUUACCUUGGCCGUGCAGCUUUAUCGCAAUGCGUGCUCCGUUUGUCCACAGAUUGCGCGUCAUGCGCUGCUGGGAAAUUCCAUAAUGACGCUGUUCGAUACCAUCAUGAAAAGCUUUCAGUUACCCGAAGAAAAAUCACCACAACAUCCGGUCGAGUUAUCCACAGAGCUAAUGCUGGCUUGCACAGAGGCGCUAUCAUCGAGCUAUGUGAAGAAAAACACCCACCCUAAAGUACCGGAACGCCUACCGGACAUGAUAAAGUGAGUACAAAAAGAAGCC